AUGAGUAUUAAUCCAAAUUGAGAAUUUUUGUCUUUGCUUGAGCCUUAUUACGAAGAACUAGAUAGUGAAAAAGAAUUCAGAAGAGUUAAUGAAUCGCAGAUAAUGCCUUCCUUUGAAGAUUAUAAUACAAUCGUGGGGGAAAUAUCUUGGGAUAAAAUCAAAAAAUUCUAUGAGUUCCUGCAAAUAUAUGCGAUCUUUUGAGAAGUCGAAAAAUUUGAAGACUUUACUUUAGAAAUCGCAAAAAAAGUCCUUAUAUCACUAAAUAAUGAUAUUUUCAGAGAAAAUCCCAAAUCCAAAAAAAAAUCUACUUCAAAGCAACCAAAAUAUGCAACUUUUUCUUUGAUAGAGAAAUUUAAAAUAAAUAUUGCUUACCAAAUUUCUAAAUCAACCUCAAAUGACGAGAUAUCUGAAUGGCUUUUGAUUAGUGAAGAUAUAAGAAAUAAAUGGAAAGAAAUUGAUAUGAAGUCAUUGAUGAAAUCAGGCUGCAACUUUUAUAUGAAUUAUAAUGGGAAUACAGAAAUAGCUGAUUCAAGAAUACUGAUUUUGCUCAAUAAGUUCAUUGGCAGAGAUAAAAAAUAUCGACAACAUUUAGCAAUCUAUGCCUAUAAUUGGCUAGAUACCCAUUAUGAUGCAGACCAUUGAACAUGCAAAGCAAUUUUAAGUGCUUUAAAGAACAACCCUUAUAAAUUUAGCACUGUUCAAAAUGAAAAAAUAAAAGAAAUACAAAACGCUGUCGGAUAUUGAAAAUAUGAUACUAAAAAUGAGAUAAAACGAUAUCAACAAAUGAUUAAAAAUUGAAUUAAUAAAAAAGGAAAUAAAGCCAAGACGUUUAAUAUAAUUUCCAAAUCUGAAAUCUUGGAUAAAUCUGAAAUUGCAAAAAAUGAUUCGAAAAAACUAAAAGUUUUUCGAUGCAACUAUAAAAUAUCAGAGGCUGUCUUAAAAGAAUACGAAGUAGAGAAUUUUGAUAAUAGCAAAAUAAAAGGUAUUUGCGAGGAAAUAGCAAUUUCAAUUUUCUUAACUCCCCCACUCAACGAUUGAACAAAACCAUUGGAAAAAUCUCUAUUUUUUGCCCAAAAACCCACCCUCCGUGAGUGAACAAUCUUUUUUUAAUAGAAAAAAUUUUUUUAUGAAAAAAAAAUUGAUAUAGAAGUAAUAAUUAGUAUAAUGAAGCAUCGAGCUAAUUCUGUUAAAUUUUAAAAAAAUUGCGUAUUAAAAUAUAAAUUUUAUAAAUUAAAUUAAUUGCUUCCCAAUUUUUACGAAUUUGGAUUUUUUAAAAUUUCGACAAAACAAUAAAAUUUAUAUAUAAUUGUUUUUUAAAAAAAAUUAAGCGAACAAAUUUUUUUGUUCACUCAUGGAGGGGGGAGUAAGCAAAAAUAAUGUUACUAAUAUUUUUAUGCAUUAUAUUGGCUGAUAUUUUGAGAAAAAAGAAAAUAGGUAUUGUAUAGGAAUUUUAAUGGAAGACUGUGAUAAAACCUUAUAUGAUUAUAUAAAUAAAGUAGAUGAGACUCUAUUAAAUGAAAUAAUCGAUAAGUUAUUAGGUGGAUUUUUCUUGCUUCAUAAUUUAGGAUUAGCCCACAAUGACAUCAAGCCACAAAAUAUAUUUAUAAAAAAAAUCGGGAAUAAAAUUCAACCUAAAAUUGCUGACUAUGACAUUUCCUCAGCAUUUUCUUCGAAUGCUGGAGCAUCUGUACAUAAAACAGUAUCUGCAGUCCAGGGAACAGCAGCAUUUAUGGCUCCAGAAGUGCAAAAAUUAUAUAAAAGAAAAGUAAAAGUUAUGAAAAUAAAUAAAUUAAGAGCUGAUGUUUUUUCACUUGGGAUUGUCUUUCUUUGGUUGAAAAUAAAAAAGGAUCCUCCAAUUGGGCCAAAAGAUAGAAAAGAUUACAUCAAACGCGAAAUGAAGGAUUUGGAUAAUCCUUGAUUGGCAGAACUUUUGAAAUCAAUGCUUGUUUAUGAUCCAAGAGAAAGAAAAAAAUUUGGUGAAUUAAUCAAAUUAAAAGAAAAAAUUAUGCCCAGAAGCAGCUAA